AUUUUAGAGUUUUUUCUUGCUCUUCCCGGCACUGCAAACGGGUGAACGUAUCGUGAGCCUGACGUGAGAGCUUCUUGUUGUCAACCAGCUUGUAUACUGUUUGUCGUUGGCAUUACCAAAGGCCCCUCUGGCCUUGCAGCAGAAGAAGCAGUACCGUUUACGUGGCGUGACCCGCCACUUGGCUUCUGGUUUUCAAUUUAGUCUGGCUAAUCCUUCUGCAAGAACUCCGCUAGUAUCGGCGAGAUUUUGGCUACUCCCCUCCGCGUAUCCUUACAGAACCUGGAGGAUGGCGGGCUGUCGCGAGCGAGGCCGUUCCCUCUGGCUGUUGUCAACACUAUUUCUGGCAUUUUCGGGAACACCCUUCCGGUUACCUCUUAUCGCAUUUGCUGCCACAAACGGUCCACAUGGAACAACGCUUCUCCUAACUUAUAUGCCUGAGUGUGUAGACAGCGGGGCGACAAUGAGGGCGCUGCGGAGGUCUCUAUCUCGGAAUUCUGCAUACAAAGCUUCCCACAAAAGUGGUCUCCGAAUGAACGAAAGUGCCCAUGAGGACAUCGAAGCAAUUCCUCUAACAGCGCGCGUUAUUGACGAGUACGCCGCGUACCGGACGAAAGUGAUAUCUCUGGAUUCUGCGAAGCAGCCUGAACAGGUGGGUGAGGACUUCGAGCCCGUGCGCUGCAGCAUUUCAGAAGAAUCUCUAAAGCGCGUUGGUGUUGACGUCAUUGAAUUGCGGAACUGCGAGAUGGUCGGCGGCGACGAAAUGAAAGAGGCGCUGGAAACGGAUCCAUGUGUGGCGUCUGUUGAGUACGAUGAGGAGCUCUCGAUCGACAGCCUGCAAUUUCCGGCAGCCGAACGUGACACCAGCGAAGACGACCCACACGCGAACUCGCCCUCCCCUUCAUCCGACCGGUUUUCCGACAGAAGGCGCAUCGCCACCACAUCCCCAUCCGCGGCAAACUCCAUCGGAGAGCCUCUGGUUUCUGUGGAUGCACCUGCAGAUGGCGGUGCGGGCUACUGGCGUGACAAGUCGGGUCUGAACGAUUCUCUGUACGACUUGGCAGACUGCGACCCGAAGCGCGUUGUUGCAGUCAUCGACACGGGGGUAUCUUACACCCACCCUGCACUAGUGAAAAACAUGUGGGUGAACCAGAACGAGAUCUCUGGCAACGGAAUCGACGACGACAGCAACGGCUUCAUCGACGACGUGUACGGUUUCAACUUCCGCGAAAACAAAGGCGACCCCAUGGACGACCACGGCCACGGCACGCAUGUCGCCGGCAUCAUCGGGGCGAUCAAGGACCAAAACUCCCGGGUGAAAGGCGUCUGUGGGAACACGAGCAUUGCCGCGCUUAAGUUCAUGGGUGCAAACGGAAACGGGUCGACGUCAGAUGCCAUCAAGGCUCUCAACUACGCCGUCCAGAUGGGAAUUCCCCUCAGCUGCAACAGCUGGGGCGGUCCCACCUGGUCCGAGGCGCUGAUUGCGGCUCUGGAAGCGGCCGAGAGCGUCGGUCACCUUUUCAUUGCCGCGGCGGGAAACCAAGGAAGAAACACCGACGAAAUUCCGCAUUACCCUGCCUCGUACCGGCUCGCAAACGUAGUCAGCGUGGCUGCGACAAACUCCGAGGACCAACUCGCUCCCUUCAGCAACCGGGGAGCGGCCACGGUUGACCUUGCGGCGCCCGGCGUUAAAAUCCUCUCUACCUUUCCGCCAGACCAGUUUCGCGAACUUUCCGGAACCUCCAUGGCUACGCCCGUGGUCGCGGGCGUCGCCGCCAUCCUCAUGUCCUUGCCCUACAAAGACACAAAACAAAUCAAGACAGCCCUGGUCAACGGAGUCGACAAGAUGCCUGCAACGCAAGGCUUUGUUAAGUCCGGCGGUCGGGUGAACGCAAGCAGGUCACUUUCUUGGCUCGCGCUUGAGCUUGAUUUGGGGGAAGACAUGAAGGCGCGGAGGAAAGAAACAGAGAUAGAGGUAAACGAUACAGAAGUUGAGGAGGGUCGCAUCGAACAUUCUUUAGCCGUCGAACCUGUUGCUGCUUGAAGACGGAAACUAGAAAGGCGAUGACGUGCAUGAAUAUGAGGGGUCUCAACAGAUGUUCAACCAAAAGGUAACUCAAGGACAUGUUGCCAACGUGUUUCACCACUUUGUGGCACCGACAAUUCAAAAUGAGAGAACAACCAAGGUCCGAGCGUGUAGAUAUGUAACUCAGUUUGCGUAUGCGUCAAGACAAAAUAUCUUUCGUAUUAAUGACGAAGCGUGGCAAGUUGUACCUCUGCAAAGAAGUGUAUCUCUGUUAACGCUUUCUUGCAUAUAUUUCAUUUUCUUCUCAAUGCCCGUCUACACAUACACCCUUGAAAGGAAAGGCUGGAAUAGAGCGGUAGAGUCACUAGAAUGUCUUUCGUGGGUCGGGGUUUGUCGCCAAGUAGCUGUGUCUGCGUCUGUGAAACACUGCGACUCCUGGUUUUUGUCGGUAAGGCCACCUCUGUCAAUAUUCUGCAUUCGUUGCCGUUCAUCUGCAAAACACCAUCUGCUGGUGUACAUGCUCAGUUAGCAAGUUUCCUAGGUCGAUGGACCAAUUUGAAUCGCAACCAUGUGUGGACAACAAAACGUUACCCCUAAUCCUUUUUUCUGGCACACCCUUCUGCAGACUCCCCCCUAGUGAACAUGAAUCCUGCAGGUAGUUCCAGCGAUUCACUUUCACUUCUAGUACAGCGAUGCAAAAACUCCGACCACUUGAGGGAGAUUGUAUUUCGUGCGCGUACGGUGGAGCUUUUUUUCGGCUGAAAGAAAGCCACCAGAACACAGAGCUACUACGCAUUCACACAGAGUGCGAACACCAUGGCAGUGCUGUUGCUUCUAAGUGACUGAACUUCCACGUCCGAAGGAAGGAAAACUCCAAACGUCUCGGCUUCUAAAGUGGCUUGUG